CGUUCGCUCGAUAGAGAUUGGCAGCAGGUUGCCGGUGGAAGGGGCCACUCGGCCGAAGCGAGGAGCGGAGGAUGCGUGAGCUGCGCGUGGACACGACCUGAGACCAGGAAUGAGUGGUGCUGAAAGCUCUCAGGUACCUUUGCUCGGCUGGCUGUCCUGUUCUUGGCUUGAAGAUCAUCUGUCAAGCAGCGUACCGAGAAUGGUCGGAGGAAUCAAUGGCAAGGCACGUUGCUGCUGACUGCAAGCGAAGCUUCAAUCCCCGGAAGCGAGAUGGCACUAUCCGGCCGUCGGCCGCCCUGAUAUUGCCUCCUGUUCCCCGGCCAGGGCCAUGGCGAUGCAGGUCCUCGGAGCGGCCCUGAACGGUGCCAUUGCUGUUUUGAGAGGAUAUAUAACGUCCAGCUGGGAGGACGAGAAGCUUCCUCUCCAGACGAAUCACCAAGUAUGUUGUCCUCGCUCAAACUCUUAGCAGCGUUGCCUCUCGCUGCCGUCCUGGCACAGGGAGGUGUACUGCCUAGAGCUUCCAAAGCCACAACAACGUCCACUGCUUCGGGUGCCGCCACUUCUUCCUCGUCCGGUCAGACCACCUUCUCGACCACCAGCGUUGGCCAGGAGGCCUUCGUCAACAAGGGUCUGGUAGGCUUCGGUCGCAUCUCUGGAGACGCCUACGACUCUUACGGCGAGUCCCUCGGUGGGCUAGGAUCGGCCAUCUCUGUAGAGUCCUUCAGGAAAGCCGGCAAGAACCAGAACACCUAUUCGGGCACGAUUCGGAUGCAGCCUGAUCGUGGUCACAACCAGGGAGGCGCAGCAACUUCAGACUACCGUGCUCGAUCCCAAGUCUUCUCCUUUACCUUUUCGCCACUGGCCGAUAAUGCCGCGGCUACUGGGAAUGCAGCGAACCUUCAGUUCAAGUAUGAGAGCUCCACGCUGUACCGCCUCAGCUCCAACUACACUACCGGCUUGAACCCGGAUGCCGUCCGCACUCGCAGUGGAAAGGAGCCUCUGCCUCUUGCCACAUACGACUACCACACCAGCUUCGACACGGAAGGACUAGUCGACAUCGGUGACAUCCUCAUCUCGUCAGACGAGUACGGACCCUACAUCUAUGCCAUCGAGAAGAGCAGCGGCACAGUCGUCGGCGUGCUCACUCCCCCUGAUGCCAUCAUCCCCAUGAUCAAUGGCUCGCCCAACUUCACUGCCAACUCCGAUCCGACCACUGGCCGAGUCGCCAAUCAAGGCUUCGAGGGUCUCUCUGUUUCAACUUCCAAAGGCGUCCUUUACGCGCUCCUUCAGUCAGGUACAGUCCAAGACGGUGGCUCCUCUGACACCUCUUCGCCCUACACCCGUCUGCUCGGCUACUCGUACGCAGGCCAGUCUCUUGCCCAAAUCGCUGCAAACGGCUUCGAGCCCAAGCUUGUAGAGGAGUACGUUGUGAAGCUGCCCACGUCCAACAAGGGCAAGGCACGAGGCGCUUCCGAGCUCCACGUCGUCGGUGAUGGCAUCUUUGCCGUCCUCGCCCGAGACGGCAAGGGUUUGGGUAAUGACCCACCCACGGAUGCGUCUUCGUACAAGGAAGUUGGCCUGCUGACCACUGCCGGUGCCACGAACAUUGCAGGGACCAAGUAUGACUCGCCAGAAAAUCCAGUAGCCCCCGGCGGUCAGCUCGUAGAUGGCAUCACCGCUGCCACGGUGCAGGACUGGCUCAGCCUCAUCGACACCGCUCAGCUAGCCAAGUUUGGCAUUCACAACGGCGGCACCCUGGACCAGAAUUUGAUCGCUAGUAAGCUGGAGAGUCUUGCCCUAGCCUCGGUAGGAGAUUCAGCCUACCCCGACGACUACUUCCUCUUUGUCGUGUCGGACAAUGACUUUAUCACUCUGAACGGCAAGCAGGCUGGACAAGCGCAGGGGGGGAGUGGGCCUUAUGUGCUCCAGGACUAUCAGGACCCUUAUGCGGUGGAGUACAAGCUGACGCAGGAUACGCAGGCGUACGUUUAUCGAGUCACUCUCCCUGGAUACAAGGAACAGACGCCCAAUUGAAGCCAUGAGGCGGACAGACGGACGUGCAGAUCAAAAAUGAACUCUAUGUAGUGUUAGCAGCAUGCGAACAACCUCGAGCAAAAUAAUGCCAUCGUCAAUUUUCUCCUGCGCUCAAAGCGUGCCUCGUGUCCUUCCUGAGUGUGCGUAUUCGAGGGUCCAAGGGGGUAUAGAUGAUACAAAGUCGAAUCCAUGCAUAGCAAUC